AUGUACGUGGACUUCAUUGUUUUCAUUUUAUGUGCAGCAUCUAAGGUGGAUCCCAUGCACCUUGAGUAUUUCACAUUCGCUGGUCGAGUGAUUGCGUUAGCUUUGAUGCACAAAGUGCAAGUUGGCAUUGUAUUUGAUCGUGCGUUUUUCUUGCAAUUGGCCGGGAUGCAUAUUUCUUUGGAAGACAUACGAGAUGCAGAUCCAGGCUUGUAUAGCAGUUGCACUCAGAUUCUGCAGAUGGACCCUGAGUUCAUUGAUUCAGAUGGUUUGGGACUGACAUUUGUUAGAGAGGUUGAGGAGCUAGGAUCCAGGAAAGUUGUGGAACUUUGCCAUGGUGGGAAAGGCAUUGUUGUAAACAGCAAGAAUCGGGAUGAAUAUGUCAAUCGUCUCAUUCAACAUCGCUUUGUCACAUCUAUCUCUGACCCUGUAUCUCGAUUUGCGCGUGGAUUUGCUGAUAUUCUUUCAACCUCUGGGCAACAGAAGCUCUUCUUUCGGAGCUUGGAGCUCGAAGAUCUUGAUUGGAUGCUAUAUGGAAGUGAAAGUUCUAUCUGUGUGGAAGAUUGGAAGGCACACACUGAGUACAAUAGUUACAACGAAACUGAUCCUCAGAUAUCCUGGUUCUGGCAGGUAUUUUUUGUGUUCUUUUCUUAUCUCAAGUUUAAAUUUUCUUUCUUUUAA